AUGGAGAGCAGAACGUUGAGGAGGGAGAUGAUUUUUGAGGACUGGAUUUCAAACGCUCGAGGCUCAGGGAAAUACAACUGUCGGGACACAUUCCAUGCUCUCAGCAGAGGGCACUGCUGGAGCAAAAUACAGGACACAGUGGGGAGCGAGCAGAGCAGCUCAGUGGGAAGCCACUGGUGCUAUCAGUCCCAGAAGUGUGAGCAGCCACAGUGUGAAGAUCCUCAGCGAUGGCAUCUCAUAGAUGCCACGUGCAAAGGAAACAAACAGUCACCUAUCAACAUUGUCACCAGGAAUGUCAUUUAUGACAGGAGCCUGAAGCCACUGACUUUUGAAGGAUAUGAUGUGAAGGGCUCUGAAAAGUGGGACAUAGAAAAUAAUGGACAUACAGUUAAGGUAACACUAAAAACAUCCCCUAAAGUCGGAGGUGGAGGUCUGAGAAGGAAAUACAAGGCAGUAGAAUUCCAUUUGCACUGGGGAGUGCCUGAUGUCCUGCAAUGCAUCCCUGGCUCGGAGCACAGCAUAGAUGGAGAGAAACAUGCCAUGGAGCUUCACCUGGUGCACAUAAGAGAAGAUCUUUCAGAUCUAGCGGAGGCCAAGAAGAACACGGAUGGAUUGGCUGUCUUAGCCUUCUUUAUAAAGAUUGAAGAAGAAAAUCCAAACUAUGCAACUCUGUUAAGUGAAUUAAAGAAUAUUAAAUACAAAGGGGAAGCAGCAAAGAUUGAUCCUUUGCCACUGAGGUCCCUUCUCCCACCUGAGGAAGAGCUUGGGAAGUACUAUCGGUAUGAGGGGUCUCUCACCACACCUGACUGCCACGAGGGAGUCAUCUGGACAAUAUUUGAGAAGCCAAUUGAGCUCAGUCAGACCCAGAUUGCUCAGUUUGCAGCACUCCACUUUGAUGGGAAGAACUCAACCCCCAUGACUGACAAUUUCAGGCCAGCUCAGCUCCUGUACGAGCGCAAGGUGUACUGGUCCAGCUCCACUGUCCUCCUGCCCACGGCGACGCUCUCCGUGCUGGUCCUCCCUCUCACAUACAUCCUCAGCUCCCUCUCCCAGUGA